AUGCAAACGUGGAGUCUCGUAUCGAUUUGUGUUUUACUUGGUGUUGCUGUGAGAUGGGGCGUAUCGUUAAAUUCAUACUCAGGGGCUGGGAAACCUCCCAUGUUUGGUGACUAUGAAGCCCAAAGACACUGGCAAGAAGUGACUUACAACAUCCCACUUCAGGAAUGGUAUUUUAACACUACAAACAAUGACUUGAACUACUGGGGGCUUGACUACCCUCCCCUCACUGCUUAUCACAGCUGGCUCUGUGGUCAUAUAGCCAAGAUCAUAAACUCAGAAUGGGUAGAACUACAUAAAUCCAGAGGUUUUGAGAGUCCAGAUCACAAGUUAUUCAUGAGAGCUACAGUCUUGGUAGCAGAUGUGUUAUUAUACAUUCCAGCUGUUGUCCUAUACUGUUUAUAUCUGAUUGAAGGCUCCUGUAAGAAAAAGGUUUCCACUCUUCUCUGCAUUCUUCUUUACCCAGGACUGAUUCUCAUUGACUAUGGGCAUUUUCAAAUCGGGUACAAUGGUGUGAGUCUGGGCUUUGCCCUGUGGGGGGUUCUGGCUCUGGGUCUGGGCUGGGAUAUGUUGGGCUCCAUGGCUUUCUCCCUGGCUCUCAACUACAAACAGAUGGAGCUGUAUCAUGCACUGCCCUUCUUCUGUUACCUUCUUGGAAAGUGUGUCAAAAUUGGCCUGAUGGGGCGUGGGGUUUUCCUGUUGGUGAGAAUUGCUGCAACUGUGUUGGUGACUUUUGCCCUCUGCUGGUUGCCCUUCCUGUCUGACUCCAGCCAGGCCCUGCAGGUGGUCAGGAGGAUCUUUCCUGUGGCUCGCGGUCUUUUUGAGGAUAAGGUGGCAAACACAUGGUGUAGCCUGAACACCCUGAUAAAGAUCAGAUCUAUUCUGUCAGGCGACGCUCAGCUCUACCUCAGUUUUGCCUUCACUCUCUUGGCAGCUCUACCUUCCUCUGUCAAAGUGCUGAUAAAACCCACUUUCUGGCACUUUAAACUGGCCUUGGUGAACUCAUCUCUGGCCUUUUUUCUCUUCUCCUAUCAAGUCCAUGAAAAGUCCAUCCUAUUGGCUGCCCUGCCAGUUUGCCUCCUCCUGAAUGACCUUCCAUUCAUGAGUAUUUGGUUCCUGCAGGUUUCUACUUUCAGCAUGCUGCCUCUUCUCCUGAAAGAUGGGCUGCUGAUCCCCUACGCUGUCACGUCAGUGGCUUUCCUCCUCAUCAGCACCUACUUACUGUCGGCGCUGGAUCACUGCUCAGAGGACAAGCUGAGAGUCGGGGCCUACAGGAAGCUGCUUUACUGCCUUCCCAAAGUGGACCUGGCCUGUGGGAUAAGAUGGAAGUUCUACAUAAGUGUUGCUUUUAUGUCUGCUUUGAGCAUCCUGAGUGUAGUUUUGGACCCUCCGCCACAUCUACCUGACCUGUUUCCUGUCCUGGUGUCCAUGACUUCUUUCCUCCAGUUCUUGGGAAUAUUUAUAUAUUUUAACAUUCUUCAACUCAGUGGGCCCCCCAGCAAAAAGAGCCAGAAGAAACACCAGUAA